AGGGCACGCACUGCACGCACGCGCUCUCAGCGAAUAGCGCGUGUAUGUUGUGUUUUUUUUUUCUCUACAGCAGGCACGCGCUGAAGCACACACCGAGCGAGUGAGUAAGUGAGAGAGAGAGAGAGUGGAUGUGUCGCAGAUUUUAAAACUCCGUGAAAGCUCGCGCGCUCCACCGAAAAUGCUAGAACACGCAGAAGUGUCCGGAUAACGGGGUUGAGGAACGGGACGGAUCGAGCUUCCGCACUGAUCGCAGAGCAAAGAAGAAGAAAAAAAAGUGAAACCGAGGCACGCGCUAGAAAUUUAAACCAAACAAAUAAAUAAAUACAAGUCAGUUUGAAGGCUGCGCUGCGAAAUGGAGCUGUCAUCCAUCGGAGAGCAAGUGUUCGCCGUAGAGUCCAUCACCAAGAAGAGAGUUAGAAAGGGAAAUGUGGAGUAUCUUCUGAAGUGGCAGGGAUGGCCUCCUAAGUACAGCACGUGGGAGCCGGAGGAUAACAUCCUGGACCCUCGGCUCGUUCUUGCCUUUGAGGAGAAGGAGGAGCGAGACAGAGCACAGGCUCACAGGAGGAAAGGCCUGAGGCCCCGCAGACUCGUCUUACGGGAGCAGUGUGAAGUGCGUGGAGCCCUCUGCAGGCUUGGAGGUGAAUUGCAGCUAAAACACUUCCAAGUUUUUCCUUCAAAUACAGUUCAAACAGGGUUUGCUUGGGAUUAUUAUGUGCACUUGAUGAAAGCUCCAUGGGACCAUUAUUUGUUGAACAUCUACGCCAUGGAGCUCCGAAGUGCUCAGAAAACUUCGGAGAAACCCGCUCCCCGAUUCCGCCUGUCACUCGCCCGCUCCAUGGGGGCGGGGCUACAGCACAAUGCGAGGCGCUGCAGGAAUGGUGAGGGUGGAGUCUACCACCGCCUGUUGAAGCGCAGGAGCAGGCAGUUUGUGCCUAAAUCGUUGGAAAGUGCAGAAUCGCCACGGCAACGAACACUGACCCUUGAGAAAAACGCAGCGGAGGAGGAUGAGCAGGAGAAAGAGUGGGAGAAAGAGGAGGAGCAGCAGGAGAAGAAGAAGAGGAGGAAGACUGAAAAUGAGGAGCAUCAUGACAUUCCACACGGCCCGGAGAUGACAGAAGACCACGUCCUCUCAACACAGGAAGCUGUCAUCACUGAUGGAAAACCAGAACACUGCGCUUCCUCCCCCGACUGCGAGGUGGAGCCACCCAGCACCGAGAUCGGUUCAGCUACAACAGCAGCGGACCAGUCAACGAGCACUACCAUCACAAACACAUACGAGCACAAGCCAAUCACUGACACUUCAGGGGGCGGAGUCACCCAAGAUAAACCCACGACUGACAAAUCACUGAACAGCAGCUCAGGAGCGGGUGUGAUCACAGACAGGCUCCAGAAUCGAGCCUCGGUGAUAACGGUUCGGUUCGGUUCGAUUGACAGGUCUGCACAGGAUGAGGAGAAGGAGACAGGCGAGACAGACAGCGACGCGAAGAGAGAGACAGACAAGGACGAGGUCACGGCCGAGUGCACCACUACCUUGCAGCUGAGCGCGGAGGUCAGAACAGACGAGUCUCAGGCAUCCGAGUGCACACAGCAUCCUGGGAAGGUGAUCGUGACUAACGUGACGAUUAACUCCCUGACGGUGACGUUUAAAGAGGCGACGGCAGCGGAAGGGUUUUUCAGCAGCUACGGGCUGCAGGUCUGAGGGAACGAGGAGGAAAGAGGAAACACCGUUACAACCAAAAGUAUUUCCUGUCAAAUUGCUAAUGUGGUUAACGAUCAAAGAGAGAGAGAGAGAGGAGUAAGCGAAUCGAUUUUGAAUAACGAAUCCGUUAGAAAUGUUAGCAUUUGAGGUAAAGUACACCUUAUUCACAUGCGCGCGAGAUAGAGAGUGAGAGAUUACAUGACCAGCAUAUGUGUUGAUCUGUCGAUGUAGUGAAGCCUUUUCGCCGUUUUUGCUUUACAGAUACUCGUCCGUUGUUAAAAAGGGUUACGUUUCCGUCUCCGUCCUUUCGUUUUAGUGAAACCGUGAACAAUAGUGGAAGGAUUUUCAUGUUGCUGACAGUGACACCUUUAAAUGCACGCAAAAAAAACCAACAAAAAACAAACAAACCGAACGCCGUUUCCACUUAACGCUUCGUUGGUGUUAACCGUUCCACUAAAACAAAAGAAAAAAAUGCAGAUGUCUAUGGAUUUAACGCAAGUUCUUCUUUCAGGGACGGCGAUGACCAGAUGACAUCAUCAUCAACCCAUAGUCUCUGCAGCCCUGUCCCCCCUCCCACCCCCCAGUCUGGGAGAGGUAAAGGUUUAGCCGGCUCGGGUUUUGCUCUGCCUUGCGCUCCGAGGCCUUGCUGCAUUUUUAACGAGUCCGUAUCAGUUCACAUUACAAACGCCAUUGCACAGGCUGUACUGAAGUGUAUUCACGAAGCGUCGGAAAACAGUGUGCUUUAGAUGUAUCUCUAGCAUGCAACAAAGUCGAGCUGAACGUUACUACUAUGUGGUGAAACCGCAAAAAGAAAAAAAAAAAGAGAAAAACAUGCCGUUAUACGACUUGUAGUUCAUCUAUGGCAAGGUUACAUUUUUAUUUGUAUUUCCAAUAAAUAAAGUGACAAAAAUG